CUUCAUAUCAUAUUAGAAUUCCUGUUUUAGUCUUAUUGUAGAUAAUAAACUGUUCAUCCUAUUGUACAGAUUUGCCUCAAGUAAUCAUUAUGACAAAAGUGGAUGAAAUCUGCCCUCUGGUUAAAGAUGACCUAAGAAAGGUCUACACCAGCAAGAAGAUCACCGGAAAGAUGCAGGAGUGUAGUGAUCUGCUGGGUAUUCCACUGAGCAACAUCUUCCCUGUGAAGAACUAUCAAGAGGAGGUGGAUACGAACGAUGACAUGGAUGUUCUGAUCCUCAGGGCGCUCGAUCAGAUCGUGAAUCUCACCAACGAUGCCCUGGAAGACCAAAAACCUAGUGAGAAAUCUGAGUGAAGGCUGAUUUUGUUGUUCUUGUUGUUCUUUUCCACCCCUACACCAGUGCAGAGUAUUUAUGACCGUGAAAAAACAUGAAAUCGUGUCUAAAGUACAUUAUUAAAGUAAAGAUAAUUUAUUCUACUGUAAUCAUAACUGGUUUGUGUUUCUGUCGCUGUCACGUUCCUACUGCACUCUGGACUUUUUAUAUUCCAUUAAAUUAAUAAAUAUAAUGAUGUUUGGUCCUACUUCUUUUUUAAGAUUUAUACCAUUACACUAAACAUGUUUUG